AUGGCUUACCGACCGAAAAUUCUCCGAAAUUCAGCCAUCUUCCAGAUGCUGUGUGGUUCUUUGAUGAUAUUACUUGGUAUUGGAAGCAUUUUCGCUGUUCAUCACUGGAGUACGUACGCUGGUUUUGGAGUAUGGGUUGGCUUUUGGGUAAGAAAAGAUAUAAACUUGAUGAAACUUAGAGUAAUCUGCAGAGUGGAUUCGAAUGCAGGAGUACAUUUGCAUUUCUGCUCAUAUUGCAUGGUUCAGAAAAAAUGUUAACAUAUUAGCUUCACUGUCAACGCUGUCAAAGCAAAAUACAUUUUAAAUUAUAUUUUUUCGUAGAAGAAAUUCUAGAAGCGCCGAGAUCGGGGAAAUUUGAAUGACGCAGAGGAUAUUUUGACUUUCGUAUGGAAAAUACAUAACAUAUCUUAAAAGAACGUAGGGAAGCUGUUGGCAUGAGGGAGUUUUUAUGCUGACUGCGAAAUGACGGAAGGAACGGCUGUAGAAGCCCUAAGAACGUCUGUGGAGGGGGAGGGUAAAUAAAGCGGGUGAAUUUCUGCGAGGAAAUGUGCGGAAAUGUGCCAGUGUUUGUUCUGGGCUCCAGUGAAGCCUUUUUAUACGAAGUACCUCGUGUUCCUCGUUUAAAUACCGUUCAUUUGUCACUAACGACGUCCGCCAUUUUCGUUGUUGUUUUGCAAACCAGCCGUGACGCGAGAAAUAACAUCAUUAUUUCGAUCGGUUUCAAUAAUUCUGCUCCUUGAAUGUUAGGAAUAUAUUCCCCUUAAUAUUCCUUGCAAGGAAUAGCAGGUCAAUUGAAAAGAUUAUGUGUUUCGGAUUUUUCUAUAGAUUUCUUUUUCUUGAUAAGAUCGAUCGACUUACGUUUUGAAUGGCAGAACUUUGAAGAUAGUGAGAUAGAAAACAUUGUUUUUUUUUCUUUUGACUGAGCAGAUAAGAUAAAUUGAGAGAGAAAGAAAGACUUGAAAGCUGGCCCCGUGUCGAGAAUUUUUCGUAGGCCAUUAAGAAGAGCUAAAGCUCGAAUUAACGUCAGUGUUUCAAAGGACACGGAUAAAGUGACUCCUGGCCCAGCUUUUGUUCGCUACAGUCAGUGUAUAGUCCGCAUGAAUAGUGAAGAGCUGUAGUGAAUUUAGAUUUUUAAGGUAUAUGCAAAGCUACGUACACUUCAUGUAAUGCUAUGCGAUUUGUUUCUUUGUUUAUAUUAUAUUAUUUCAGCGUGGCCUUUAUGCACAUUUAAUAUUUUAAAAUGGAAUAAUCAUUUCAUAUCAUCCAUGUUUAGGUAAUUAUCAGUGGAGUUUUAGGAUACAUUGGUGCAAAAGAAGAUACAAACCCAAACAAAUGCCUGGUGAGAAUUUUUCAUUUUGUUAGCAUAUCUCCACAAUUUUAUCAAGAAUGGAAUGCAUACAUCAUUCUUUCUAGAUAAAUUUCUAAAAAACUGCACUAUACGUGAUCAUAGUUAUUAGAGGAGACUGGUUAUGAAAAGCGGCAAACAUCAAUGAUAAAAACAACAGUGCUGCAGUUUAUGUUCAAAGCACCGUGAAACUGCACAAUCCUUUGUUUUCUGUUGGCAAAUCGUUACGGAAUAAAUUAAUGCAACGUUUUUAUUGGUCAAUACAAUCAAAAUGAUAGGAAUUCUUUUGAACGUUGUGCACUUUCAGGUCCACAAAAACAUGUAACAAAGGAGUCUGACGGGUUUCAUAACCAUUCCACUCAAUUAACUAUGAUGUGAUUAACCUACGGGAUAGGUUAAAACUACAAAUAAAUUUGACGCAGUGGCGGAUAAAGAACGUAAUUUCUGUUCUCGGCUUUAAGUUUGGGGUGUGGGGUGUGGACUUUUACUCAUAAUGGAAUUAGGCAUGAAAAUGAACAUAUGUUGCACUCAGAGACUGCAAAACUAUAAGCGUACAUAAAAAUGUAUUAUUAUUAUUAUUAUUCGAUCUAUGAAUUAAAAAAUUAAACCUAAAGUAAUAAAAAUACAAAAUUUGUACGGAAUGGGUAGAAGUGUUCCGUACAUGUAAAUGUAAUUGGCGAUCGUUGACUACAGAUAGUCCUUCUUAGUCCAACUAAAUCUUGGUAAAGGGAACUCCUUUUAAAAGCUCUAAAACUGAUGGAUUUUAAAGCGGAAGAAUUUCAUCAAUAAUUAAAACUUUUCUUCUGCGUGAACUUUGAAUAUUUUUUUCUUAUAACUAGAAAUACUUGUAACGCAAAAGCUCACGAAGCAGAAGGAAUAAAGGGAAAAACGGGCAAGAGAAAACAAGUAAUAUAAUAAUAAAAAGAACAACAAACAAACAAAUUAAACUGUUCAGCGACCCUAGGCUUGAAAAAUAUAUGCAAUGGACUCAUGCAAGAGCCAUAAUAUUAUUAUGAUCUCUUGACUCAUGAGAUGUCUAGAAAAUACUUUCCAAGAAAUAACCCCCUUAAAAUAAAUCUGUAAAGAACAAGGCCUUAUCUCUAAGCCCAUCACUGUAGACAACACAUGACUGGGGUAUAUGUCCUUUAAUUUUUUAGAAUGGCAAUGAGCGGUCCUUUAUGUUCCAUUCACGAAUACGAGCAAAAAAGGUAACGCAAGUGCUCAAUAACGUAAUUAUCUGAAACUCAACUCUGCAGGCUGCUAAAUUUUCAGUAUUUUUUUUCUAAACUUUAGAUUGCGGCUCUGGCUUUUAAAAGUGAAUAAAGUGUAAGACACUGGUCGGUACAGGGCUUCCAACCAAGCUAACCUAGUGGCGGCUUAUUAUAAACAACUUUAGUUGGUGAUUUAUAAUAAGCAACUUAAAAGUUGUUUUUGCAUCUGUCCACAGAUUGGAUGUUUCCUGGGAUUCUCCAUCACUGCCUGUGUCAUUGGUGUAAUUAUGUUCAUCAGCUACUGCUUUGCUGUUAGCCAGUUUUCCAGAAUCGUUAAUUGCCGGGAAGAUUGGCUUGUGGAAGGCGCCCGGUAUAAGAGACCUUGUUCAGACUCCCGGUCAAGUACAAAACGAGGUGAAGCUGCAGAUGGAAUGGGAUUGGGUGUCUGUCAAUUGAUAUUAUCCGCAUUGGUUUUCAUUGUUGCCCUUGUUUCAUCUAUCUACUCCUGCAAAGCUGUGUGCUGUGGAACACCUGGCCACACCGUAAGUAGCAUGACACAUGUUUCCUGACUUAAUUUUUCUUAGUUUCUAACUUUGGUUGAAUGUUCUGUUUUGUUGAGACCACGUUCUGACUCACCCUACUAUUCGGACCAUUUGUUUUUAUUCUUAGUUAAAAUUUGAGGUGAAUAAUGGCAGAGCAUUUACUGAUCCUUGGAGCGAUGAGGUUUAUACUUUUCCUAAUAAUAAAGAUUUACCGAUACUGAAAGAAAAUUGUUUUAUAGUAAUAUAUAUGUUGAAAGUAAAAUUGAUCUCAGGUUAAAGCAGUAUCUAAUCUCCCUUGAUUCAGAAUUUCCUUUAUUUCUUGAUUAUCCCUUAAUUAUCAAACUGUCGUUUAACCUAAGAUAUUUCUCAAAACGCCGUUGGCAUUUAUAUUUUGGAGUACUGUUCCUAUUAUUUUAGUCAAUAGUUUUGUUAUUUCGUUAUUUCGUAUGGCAGUUACGUUUAUUUUUUAGCUCUUUCGCCAUGCAUGCAUGUUCAUUAGUUCUGCACUCAUACCAAAACAACCACGCUGCCGCUUUGUAAGGUUGAGGGAAGGUUUAACCGUUUUACUGAGGACAUUUCCUCAGACUACUUUUCCACUAAUAAAUUUCAUAAGUAAGUUCAUGAGAAGAUAUCAAUGCCCUCGGAGCCAAAACAUGCAAACUUCUCAGAUGAGAGCCAGAAAGCAAACAACCAGUAUUUGCUGAUUUUGUUAUUGUUUUGUUAUAACAAAUAUUUUUAGGCUACUACGCAGCACGUACUGUAUGCUGGAACGCAACCAAUGUACCCAGCAGGCCAAGCUGGUGUUGUGGUUACUCAACCAGCUAGUGCCAUAGCGACUACUCUUCACGGCGUUCCCGUGACAGGACAGCAGGCCGCUUUCUUACGUCCACAGGUAACGACAGACAGUAGUGCUGCAUGCUAACAACCGCAUAUGCUAACAAAUCGUUCGUUUAGUUCUGUAACACAAAAUACCACAAAGCCAAUAGCUGAAAAAUCUCAUCUAAGGAGUAAACAUAGUUUAACAGGCUGCAUGAUUUAGGGACCGAUCACAUACUUCGUAUAUUUAGGCUACUAAGUUAAAAGAAAAAUUGUUUGUUGCACUGGGGUUGCUGUUUCUCCCUCAUUGUAAUGAGGUUCACAGCAGGACGUUAUACGCCGAAUUUGAGAAUUUUUGUAAAUAGCAGACCGAGGUUUCCCCAACCUUUUGUACGGGCGCGAAGACAACGAGGAAAGACGAAGAUAUAAAAGAAGACUUAGUAUCUUCUCGCUUAGCGAGCGAGUCGCUCGAACAACCCCAACAUAUGUUACUGGAGAACCCGCGGGUAUCAAUCCCGGUACCUUUCGUUCACCAUUUUAAAAAUGUCCUUUGGGUGUAGGUCUUCAUUCUAAUUGGAAAAAUUGCUACUUUACGUUACAUUUAAAAUGAAGUACCACUUCAUUUACUGUAACAGUGUUCCAUAUAAAAAAGCCUCUGGACGUAAUCCAUCUAAGAAACUUGUCAUUGAUUUCUGUUUGUAUGUAAACCCAUUUUAAACAGCAGGAACCAAAGGAACAUGAGAGACCUCCGCCCUAUUCAUACGAUACACCGACAGGGAAUACUCCACCACAAGAGGCAUUUACAAGCGGUGUAUUUGAGGAUAUGUCUCCACCAUAUUCAUACAGUGUACAGACAGGCAAUGCCCCACCAUCAACGGCGUCUGCAGGCGGCGUCACUGAGGAUGUGCAUCUACCAUAUUCAUACAGUGUACAGACAGGCAAUGCCCCACCAUCAACGGUGUCUGCAGCCGGCAUCACUGAUGAUGUGCAUCUACCAUAUUCAUACAGUGUACAGACAGGCAAUGUGCCACCAUCAGCAGCGUCUGUAAGCGGUGCUGCUGAGAAUAUGCGCAUGCCUGCAUGGGAAGAGACAAUUUAAACAAAACUGCCUCAUUAGAUUGACGUUUGUGUUAAUAAGGUGGCAUUGCUAAAAGUAAUUGUAAAUAAUCAGUUGUAAAUUUUAAUAGGCCAUUUUGAGGUCUUUAAACACUAGUGAGGCCCGAUGCAAAUUAAAGUGAGUUUUAUUUGCAUGUCAAUAAAAGGCUUGUUUGUUAUGUAUAUGUUUUAUCCCCGCCGUUUGAAAUAGACAGAGGCGAAUCCAUAAUGACCUACAUGGGCCAAGUUUUUGGGAAAUAUUUUAAAGUUAACUUCUUACUUUGAAGCUGCGGGCGAAUAGCUUGAGUUGCGAGAUCAGAAACUCUAGUAACCGAGAUAAAGCCUUGUUUUCGUUCGUUAAGACGUCUAAAGCUACUUAACUUGGGCCUGAUCUCUUGUUAGAAACCAGACAAAAUUUUAGGCAGGGCAAUGCUAAUAGGUUCCUUAAGUUUUUUUCAGUGAACAAAUUAGAGAUGAUCAUUUAAUUUAAGUUUAAUUUAUUCCAGUUUUACAAU